AUGACUCAUGUCGCCGUCUGCCGACAGAUCUUGGGCGACAUUGCAAACGAUUUGCGCGUUCACCUCGCUCGUCGAAAAGUCGCGUCGGAGCUCCAGGCGAGAUGUGUCUAUCGGUGGCGUGACCAUGCCGGUUCCCUCUUGCGACCCUAUCCGUUGCGAUAUUCACCUUUACACACCCAUGACCACUUUCGUUGGUGCUUCGUGCAUUCGUUGAGCCGAAUUCGACGUGAACGCGAGCACAGCCGCAGUGCCGGCACCCGUCGUCUCGUCCAUGCUUUGCUCAAAACACUGCAUUGGCCGGUCGUUCUGCGAGCCACAGCAGAUCGUGUUGUCCAAGCGCGCGUCAGCAUACCCAGCAUCAAAAAGACGAUUCAAAUAUGUUUGAGUGACUUGAUCAAGGUGGACGUAGCGCUAAAGUGCAACCACGCAACGCACGACUCAUUCCAUUCCCUCGGGACGGUCGCAUACACUUGUGUCAAGUGCGGCGUCCGUGUCGACUCUACGUCGAAGAGCUACUUGUUUGUCCAAGCGUUGGACACAGCCAAGUUUGAGUACUUGCUCGUGACGCUGCGCCCCAAGUUGUUGCUCCACUUGGAGCGGCAGAACAUGGCACUGGAAGACGUCCAGUCUUUCUGCCGCCACCACCGCGUCGAACUUGAGACCACGGCGGCGUUGCUCCUCCAGCGUGCGAUCCUUCUCUUCCUUCGGCGCAAGCACGGCAGAAGGGCGGAAAGUCGAGUUUUGGUCUCGUUGAACGCGCAUGACCGACGCCGGCGGCAACGGCAAUGCGCCCGCGACCUAUAUCGUGUUCAAUGUCGUGUUCGACGCAAGCCAAUCAAAUUGCUUCAAAUCGUGGAUGGCGCACUAUCAUUGGGUCGUAGCUACGACGCAAACGACAAUGUCGACCUGCCUGCCAAGAUAUCUACUCCAACGCCAACAACAUUGCGCGAAAGCAUUGCCGCAUCAACCCCUGAAAGCGUCGGAAGGUUACCUUCUAACCAAGCGACACCCUCGACAGCCCCUCUGUUGCCGUACUCCAACUUGCAGACUUCUACCGCGUCGCAUACUGCGACGGAAGUGAUUUCGUCCAUCGUGCUCCCAUCCAUCGAGAGAUCCACGCCGUCCCCAGAGUUUUAUCGUUGCUUUGCCCCUCAAUGCGGGGGUCGAAAAUUCCUCAACAAAAAGUGGUAUGUCUUGCACAUGGAAAAGCACGCAACUACCAAGAAACGAUUGCAUGACGAAGCUGCGUUCCUCGACCGCAUGCGCAACCACGGAUUGCCCAUGCUGCGGCAACACACGGAGGCCCCACCACCUGUUCCGCAGAAGCCCAUGUCCAAGCAAUGCCUGCCAUCUCUGGGAAAUCACAAAUCGGCGACGAUGCUCAUGCAAUUGGUUCGCCUUGAUACAGUUGCCGCGGCGGAUGCCCAAGUCGUCCGUGUCACUCGCGACAUGGCUGAACUCGUGAUGGGUCGAAGCGUCAAGCACUGCGACAUCAUCAUAGACUGCCCAGCUUAUCCGGGUCUUGUGAGCAAGCAGCAUCUUCGUCUGGUCAUCUCCGACAGCACGACUGUGGUGGUGGAAGACUUGGGCAGCAAGAACGGGACAUUUGUGAACGGCAAACAGCAGCACCAACGUUUGGAGCUGUAUGCUGGCGACAUGCUAGAACUGGGCCGCGUGAAGCACCGCCCAGAGAGCGGCGUUGUCUUUGUGUGCCACUUGCCAAAUUGCGCAAUGAGCCAAGUGAGCGCGACAAGGAAGCUUUUCGUGCGCCAACUUCUGUCGGCGAGGAGUCUACCGGAGAGUAGGAACAAGUACCUGUAUAGAGGUGUCGAGCUCAUCCGCGCAUGGAUCCAGGGAAUCGUGGUGGACGUUCAAAUGCCACGGUUUGCAGUUGACGACGGCACUGGGAUCAUGUGGAUCGACAUGCAGGGUUUGAUUAAGGCCAAUUCAUCGCUGAGUGUUCAAGUGGGGGAGUACGUAAUGAUCAUCGGUCCCGUCCUUGGGACUCAAGGCACACCCCAACACGUCGCGCCAGACCGGAUCCAAGCGCAUCAAGUCAUCCCGCUAACAGCGAAAGACGUGCACCGCGAAUGUAUGUGGUUCCUUGAAGUCAUUGAAUAUUGGACCCAUGUAGUGGGGACCCCAACGAUCGAGAUUGACGACUGAGCACUACGGGGGGUCUAUUACGUAUUUGAGGUCCUGCCUAGACGACGCUGGUCGUCGUGAGCUUGGCUUCCAUCCGUGCAACAGCAUCGGCAAGCUUGUCGAUCUGUUCAGAGUGCUGACCCAACGUCAUAAACAUCCUGCCUUGCUGGGUUGCGAGCUGCU